AUGAACCUAGUUUUUGAGGCAGCAGAAAUCUACUUGGGCUCUAAACAAAACUCAUCACAAAGAAGAGUUAAAGUGGGAAAGAGCGAGAAGGGAGCGAAUUUAGCAGUUAACAUAGAUAGAAAUGAAGAGGUUGUUGAUGUUUUUAAGAAUCUAGAAUUCAAGUGGAGAUUGAUGACCACACAAGUUGAAGCAUCAAUGAAUGUAAAUCAUCGCAGAAUGGGGGAUCUCAACUUCUCUCUGAGAUCAGAAGUGAGACACUUUGAGCUGAGUUUUCACAGGAAGCACAAAGACAAGGCUUUUGGAUCAUACUUUCCAUACAUAUUAGAAAAAGCAAUGGUCAUUAGAGAAGAGAGAAAAGCUGUGAAUCUCUACAGUUCUAAUGGAGCAAAUUGGUGCUUUCAACAAGUCCUUCUCAAUCACCCGACGAACUUGAAGACCCUUGCUAUUGAUUCCAAUCUCAAAAAGGAAUCGCUUGAGGAUUUGGACAACUUCAUGAAUGGGAAGGAAUAUUACAAGAGGAUUGGGAAACUUGGAAAAGAGGCUACUUGUUAUAUGGUCCACCAGGAACCGGCAAAACAAGCUUGA